GAUUGGGUGCUAGUUCAGUCAGUGCGAGUUUCCAACUCCAAGUAGGAACGAAAGUAAAGGCGGAACUAUAUAGGCAGUGUAGUCUGGCUGCAGCAGUUGAAGUAGUAGUGUGCUGGUGUUGUGUACCUUUACAAAUUCUCUAGUACGUAAUAUUUGUAGGAAAAUGGCGGAACCUCAUACAACAGCCGUGCCGCGUUUGGAAUGUGUGGACAAAGUGUGUAAUAUUCCUGUGGUUGAGAUGGCAUAUAACCAGACCGCAGACUUGUACAAGAAAGUGAAGGAAGCCAAUGGAGUACUCACGUGGACGCUGUCGGCAGCAGAAGCAACUAUUUUGAAGGCUGCAGAACACGUUGCUCCUGUUGCUAGGAAAUUAGAACGCCCCAUUCAUGCAGUAGACCAAACCUUGUGCAAAGCCAUUGAAAUUGUUGAAGAAAAAUUUCCACUUGUGAAGGAGCCUCCAUCAAAUGUACGUUCCACUGCCAUGUUCUUUGUUCAAGAAAUUUUUUCCCCAAUGGAAAGAUUUACUGCCAUGAAGGAUUAUGGAACGAGGAAAGCACACUCGUUUUCAGAAAUGAGUGUGACAAAGGCGAACGAAAUGUUGGCUACUCGUUAUGGCGCAAUAGCACUGAGUGGGUUUGAGACGACCGCUGCACUUGCAGAAAAGUAUCUGGACUACUACUUCCCUGCUACAGAACAGGAGUUGCAAGAAGAAAAUGAACCACCUGCAGCUGAAGGUGAUGAUGAUGAUGAUGAUGAUGAUGAUGAUAAGGUUAUGAAUACAUUUCAUACGAUGGGGCGGCUGUCUAACAAGUUUGCUCGCAGAGUGUACAACAUCCUCUCAUCCCACGUUAAGCAACUUGAUUAUGAUGAAAUGCAACAGUACAUUAAGUCUGUGUCUACCAUCAUGCAUCUUACAAAUUAUCUGCAAAGUCUAAAUGAACAUCUCAGGGCUGUGACCUCCAGCAAUAAAACCGAAAGUGCUGAAGGAUCGAGCGGUAGCGCGCAGAAAACUGAAGAAAAGAAAUCGACUAUCGCAUGAUGUAUGGCUUAAUUACCCGAAUGUUUCAUUUUGUAUGAAGUUUUAUAAUGUUAUAUUUGUUCUAAAUUUAAUACACGGGUUUCAAAUGUGCAUGUAUAUUAUUUAUUUGAAGUAAAAUGUGUACAAAAAAUAUGUGAUGUAGUUGUUUCUAUCAAUUGUCUGCACACAUGAAGUAAGUUUCUUGGCCGUAAAGAUUGUUCAGGAUAGUUAUUAUCAUUUGUGACAACUAUUUAUGAAAUACUUUUAAACAAUUUAGAGUACGUUUACAUAAAAUCACAAAUGUGGGAACUUUUGAUAAACAUUUACUGUUGAAUUUAGAUAUGCAUAUGAGAUUUAAGAUGGGCUUCCAAAUAAAGCUGUACCACAAAGUG